CCCGCCGUCACGCCUGCCUCCCAGCUGCGCCUGCCGCUGUCUUCCCGUCUGGCCGGCCGCCCCGGUGUCUGCUCCGCGCUCUGCCCCGCUCCACUCCCUCCCCGGACCCGAAGCCCGUGCCUCCUCGCUCACCGACCCCGGCUCCCGGACCCCCCCCCCUCCCUUCUGCACCUAGUGAAUGCACCGGGACCAUGACGGGCAUCGCCGCCGCCUCUUUCUUCUCGAAUUCCUGCAGGUUCGGGGGCUGCGGUCUCCAGUUCGAGUCUCUCGCCGAGCUCAUCGUUCACAUCGAGGACAAUCACAUCGACACAGAUCCGCGGGUCCUGGAGAAGCAGGAGCAACAGCAGCCAACAUACCUGGCCCUGAGCUACAUCAACAGGUUCAUGACAGACGCCGCACGCCGGGAGCAGGAGACCAUGAAGAAGAAGGCCACGCCAAAGCUGUCCCUGUCCAUCACGGGAGGAAUGUCCAGGAACAGCACGGCCACGCCUCCCCGCCACACCAGCGGUAACCUGACGCCUCCUGUCACGCCCCCCAUCACCCCUUCCUCCUCAUUCCGCAGCAGCACACCUACAGGCAGCGAGUAUGACGAGGAGGAAGUAGACUACGAGGAGUCAGACAGCGAUGAGUCCUGGACCACAGAAAGUGCCAUCAGCUCCGAGUCCAUCCUGAGCUCCAUGUGCAUGAACGGGGGCGAGGAGAAGCCGUUCGCCUGCCCCGUUCCCGGCUGCAAGAAGAGAUACAAGAAUGUGAACGGCAUCAAAUACCACGCCAAGAACGGCCACCGCACUCAGAUCCGUGUGAGGAAACCCUUCAAGUGUCGCUGCGGCAAGAGCUACAAGACGUCCCAGGGUCUGAGGCACCACACCAUCAACUUCCACCCGCCCGUGUCCACCGAGAUGUUGCGCAAAAUUCAAGGCUAGGUCCUGCGAUCAUCAAGUACCCCAAAUGUAGCCCCGCCCUGACUGUCCCUGCACCCCAACACACUAAAGGAUCAAGUGCAUGCUUUAAGUUGUUCUCAUUUUCUGUUAUUUGUCACCAUUUUUCGUUCAUGUUGCGUAUUUUUUUCUAUCUAUGUUUUAUCACUUGUAUUUUUGGACAGAAAAGUAUCUUUGUAGUAUUUUUUUAUUAUGGUACAUAUUUGCACAUUCGUAUAUGCUAUCAUUUUACUCUAUUGUUUGACUUACAUAAGGUGCUAACGAAAAAAAAAAAUCAGAAAGAAAAGACAAAAAAACAAAAGAAACGAAAGGAAGACACGGAUCGAGAAGUGCGUCAGACUCCUGCCUUGUCAGCACCCCCCCCCCCCGAGCGGGAAAAGUUGGGUUCUGGAGUACAGCGGUUCUGACUGGGCCCAGUCCAGAUUCAGAUCUGCCUUCAAUGUCACUUCUGGGAGAUUUGCAGAAAGAGUUAAGUUAUACUAUAACAGAUAUAUUGACAUAUGUAAACUAUAUAAAGAUAUGUAUAUGAAAUAUAAAAACUAUUCACAGGCGUAUUCAUGAAAGUUCCUUUAUUUUCAAGCUUUAUUUUCUAUAUUUUGGACAUCUGUAAGUGUUCCUUUGCUGGCUGGCAGCUUUGUGGGUUGCAAGCUGUUGGACUUGAGUGUGUAGUUUUUGUAAAACCUUCAAAUUUCCGUUUGGCCAUUUUCGGGGUCAGGUGGAUCAUUUCACUGUUGAUCAGGAAGGCGGUCUUCACCCCCUCACCCCCACGUAGAGCGCCCUUACCCCCAGCGUUUCUUCAUUCAGAGUGCCGGAGCUGCUUCGCACCCUCAGAAGUAGCUUCCCUGCAAUCCAGUUGCCAAAAUUCCUUUUUGUGGCUUUUUUUUCUCUCUCUUUUUCCUUUUAUGGUCGUUGCCAACAGCUCUCCACUGCCAAACAUUGACCAUACCAUGUGCCUGAUGGGAGGGGAGGGGGGAUUUUACAAUGGAGGAGGCGGCAGUUGCACCUCCAAAAGAGCGAGUGAAUGUUUUCAUGCAUGCUUUCUGAGGUUUUCUUUUUUUUUUUGUAUUUGAAGAAGUCUGUUUUAGGUGUCUGUCCAGCAGUAACAAAAAUUGAUCAGCGGAGGAAGUAUGUUGGUGUUUCUGUGUUUGAAUGUCUCAUGUUUCUGCGCCAGGCUGCUGGUUCGACUCCUAUGGCGCAGGAUUGUUGUGCGUCGUUGCCUGCAGACAAAAAGUUUGUCAUUUAUUUCUUAAGCAGAGGUUUACCCGAUCGUAUAGAGAUUAUAUAUUUGGCAUCACUUUAUAGUGUUUUCAGCAUGUUCAGGGUGUUGAAAGCUCUCAAACAAGCAAAAAAAAAAGCCAAACUCUUUAGACGUUUCCAGUUUCACCUGCAGUAUUAACACAAACAGGAAGAAGAGAAGUGGAAGAUCUUCACAUGAAGAGAUGAGGGACUCCAAUAUACCAUGUACAGUGAAUGUAUCGUUCGUGUGUCUGUUGUCAAGUGCUUUUAAAUUAUAUUUUCAUAUGUGACGUGGAGACCAAUGUUUUCUUUUUGUAUGGGGGUUCAACAGGUUCUGACCAGUGAUUUGUAAAUGAUGUCAAACUGUUUUUCUUUACAAAAGGUGAGCUGCUUUCAUGUAAACAGAAAAUGUCUGG